AUGGCUCCAACAGUAAGCAAACGAAUCAAAACUCUAUCCGUAAGCAGACCAAUAAUAUAUGGCAAUACGGCUAAAAAGAUGGGUAGCGUUAAACCACCUAAUGCUCCUGCUGAACAUACUCAUUUAUGGACAAUUUUUGUUAGAGGCCCACAAAAUGAAGACAUAUCUUACUUCAUCAAGAAGGUCGUAUAUAAACUCCAUGAUACCUAUCCAAACCCUGUAAGGUCCAUAGAAGCUCCUCCAUUCGAACUGACUGAAACAGGGUGGGGUGAGUUUGAUAUAAACAUCAAGAUUUACUUUGUGGAGGAGGCUAAUGAGAAAGUCCUAAACUUCUACCAUCGGUUACGACUUCAUCCUUAUAUAAAUCCUUUAUCAAAUUCCACCAAUGGAAAUGAACAGGAUACAACAAACCAUAACGGUAAAGAUGCAGAAGUUAGCUCUGUUUACUUUGAUGAAAUUGUAUUUAAUGAGCCAAAUGAAGAUUUUUUUAGAAUUUUAAUGAGCCGACCAGGAAAUGUUUUACCUUCAAACAAAACCGAUAGUUGCGUAUACUCCAAACAAUUAGAACAGGAAGAAAUUGACAGAAUAAAGAUUGGUAUAGUAAAAGUUGAUAAGGAAAUAGAUGAAUUGAAGCAAAAGCUAGAAAACUUAGUAAAGCAAGAAGCCAUUGAUGGAAGUUAG